AUGAUAGCGGACCCAAUCGACGUGUCGUAUAAUGUCAGUGGCGGUCUCGAUGAUGCUAGCCUCUGGGAUCCUUUACCCUCCAUCGACGGAUUCCUCCACAGCACCAAUAACUCCUCCGUCUCAGUUUCCGACACAUCCUCGUUCCAGUCGGGGUUCUUCCAAGACUCUGCCUUUACCUCCCCAAGCACAGAACAGACCUCGCCCGCAACCUCCACCGCACUAAGUAGCUUUUUCGGCGGCAGCAGCAAGCAGGAUAACCGCCACCCCCCACCCGCCCGCGAGCAAAAGAACCUCCGAUCCCGACGACGGUCCUCCAACCCGCCACGCAACCCAACAUCCACCAGCCGCAACCCCCCACCAACACAAGCGCCCCACGACCGCGAGCCCUCCCUCGACGCCUCCUCCUCCUCCUCCUCCUCCACCACCUCCACCAACCAAGGCUGGCUCAGCACCCUACACAUUGCCGCACAAAAGGGCCACGAGCACAUCCUCCGCGUCCUCCUGCGGCAACGCAACGUGGACCUAGACGAGCGCGACAGCGACGGGCGCACGGCGCUGAUCCACGCCGUGAUGGAGGACCACGCCGGGGUGGCGGCCGCGCUGCUGGCGCACGGCGCGCGCAUCUCCGCCGUCGACUGCGAGCGCCGAAACGCCCUGCACUGGGCCGUGUUGUACCGGCGCGAGGCCGUGCUCAGGGUGUUGCUGGCGCGGCUCGGGGAGCGGCGCGCCGGGGAGAGGGAUGGGGGGGUUAUUGAUGCAUAUGAUGAGGUUGGGUGGACGCCGUUGCAUAUUGCGGUUGAGAGGGGAUUUGAGUCGGGCGUUAUGAUGCUGUUGCAGGCGGGGGCGAAUUUGCAUUCUAAGGCGAGGAAGUGUCCUUAUACGGGGAAUGUGAUUGAGUAG